UCCGACCAACUUCUGAAGGGAAGCCAGCCCCACUCUCAGGGGAUCUCAGAGAUUUGAGAGGCUUGGGCCUCCUCGCACAUAUGCUUUGGGCACCCUUGGCCACUGCCCUCUGUGCGCAUGCGCAGGGAUGCCAGCUUCUGAGGUGCGCAGGCGCAUUCGCAUUUAGCAGCGUUGCUAGGUUACACUGGUUCUGCGUAGGAAGAUUCUAAGUCGUUGGGCUUAGUCCCUGAGACGUUGAGGCGAGGCCCACUUGCCUUAUUGCUGACGAUGAGUGUCUCGCACUAGAGGCGGUGAAACCUGUGUCACCGAAGCCUCGGCUUCGUUAUGAAAAAGAGAUCUGCAGCGCAGGAUGGGUGGGGCCUGCAGCGCUUCGGCUCCAACCUCAGGCCUCUGAGCGACCGCUCACCGCCUAUGAUUGUUUCCAGCUUCCACAGCCCCGGCCCCGGAUACCACAUCAAGUAUCAAGAUCUCAGGGAAAUCCACAGAGCUGUGGUCGCUGAUGAUCCAAAAAAAUUGCAGGACGUAGAGGAGUUGCUGCAUUUCGCUUUAUGUGACAUAAAGGAAAGGGACAGGAAGAACAGGACUGCUCUCCACUUGGCCUGUGCCAUUGGCCGUGUAGAUGUGGUGAAGUACCUGCUCGCUUGGAAAUGCGAUGUCAACCUCCGUGAUGGAGAAAACAGGACAGCUCUAGUGAAGGCUGUCCAGUGCCAAGAAGAGGCAUGUGUAGAUAUUCUGCUCAAAAAAGGUGCUGAUCCAAAUGCUAAGGACUUCAAGGGAAACACCGCUCUCCAUUAUGCGGCCUUUGAGGGGAAUAUCUUAAUAGCACAGAAGCUGCUUUUUAACAAAGGAGAGAUAGAGGCCAAAAACAAGAGUAUUUCUGCAAGACUUCCAAAGAAAUCUGUUGAUUGUUUACCUGGAGCUGCAGAUCAACAAGGGCAAAGUAUAUUCAGUGAACAAGUAGAAGGUAUUCCAAGACCUAAGGAAUGCCUGGAAAUAGUUGGAAAAGAGCAAAGAGGGAAUGAUGAGAAUGGCAGAGAGUACAGGGAGUAA